UAUGAACAACCGGCCAAUUUUCGCAAAAAAAAUUUCCAUGUGCAGGCUACAGUCCUCCCCCGAAUACAACGUACGGUCAUUAUAGCUGAAUUUGGUGUAUCUUUSGGUCUAAAUUCAGCUAUAAUGACCGUACGCUGUAUUCGGGGGAAGACCUUAGGUAAAGGAAUGGCGACGGAAGAAGGGAUCGAUGACCACCAGAGCGGAGGGAAUCAGGGCACGAAUGGGGUUGGGGAACGAAACGAGGGAUCAGCGAGGGAUCGAAAGUCAGCCAAACCGGAAGGAACCCGAGAAGACGGGAAGGACCUCUCAACUGGAGAAAGCUCGGGGAAAGCUGGGGGUAGCAAAAGGGGACCUCAGGAAAACAAGGAAAGGGGAAACAAUAUGAGAACAAGUCCUCGAAACUCAGCAGGAACCACCCCUAAAAAGACGAAAGUCUCGGAUGCCCGUCGUAAACUGACAGAGAUAGAAAAGCGGACUGCAAAAUUUAAGGCAAGGCUUAUCGAGCAGAUGAUGGUCGGGGAUGAGGAGGACCCCCAGGGCGCAGGGUCACGUGAGGGACGCAGGAUCAGUCAGGACGAGGCCAGGUAUGGAGGGAAGGAUAAUAGUCACAAGGGAACGCCUAACAAGAAGGGGAAGGACAAGGACGACCCCCCGGCGGGAGGGACGAAAAACGCUAUGACCCCGCCCGCCAUUGACAGCGACACUAGCCGACUGCCCGCCACGCCGAAAAUAAAGGAACGCCGAAAACCAGGGAGAAGCAGAGGGAAAGCAAGGAAGGGGAAGGGACUAGUGUUGUUGGAGAAGCAGAGGGGAAGCAAGGAAGGGGAAGGGACUAGUGCUAUUGGAGAAGCGGGUAGCUCCGAAGGUGGUCUCAAGAGGAUAAAAGGGCGGUUUGACGCAAAGCUAGUUCCUCCGGUUAGGAUCCACACGGUACAGCAUGAAUGCUGGAAUGAUAAAGGGCCUGCCUACGAGUUUGGGAUAACAUCGGAAGUCACUGACCUGCUCAGGGCCAAGAUAGAUUCGUUCGUGGUUGAGCCCACCGGAUCCCCUUAUGCGAACAAAUGGUUCGUUUUCCGGAAGCCCAACAAGACGCUCAGGUGGAUCCAGGACUUGCAGAAGCUCAAUGCGGUAACAAUUAGGGAUGCAGGCUCGCUCCCACAGGAGGACUUGCUUGUCGAAUCUCACGUCGGGCGGAGCAUUUACUCUCUGAUAGACCUGUACUCAGGAUACGACCAGUUGCCACUUGAUGCGAGGGAUAGAGCGUAUACCGCAAUGCACACCUCCGUAGGGCAGUUGCAGAUGCAAGUGACCCCUAUAGGCUUCACAAAUGCGGUAGCAGAGGCACAGAGGAGGAUGCUCGCCAUUGCAGGGGAUAUGUUUCCGAAAAAGUGUGAACCUUAUAUAGAUGAUAAUCCCAUAAAAGGCGCAAGGUACAAGGAUGAGGCGGAGGUCCAACCGGGCGUACGGAAGUUUGUUUGGGACCACUUGCAGGAUAUUAAGGACUUGCUCCAGCGAUUCCUAGUUUACAAUAUUACUGCAAGCGAACCCAAAAGCAUCCUGGUCAUCCCGGAAGUAACCAUACUAGGGUUUCGUUGUGGGGCCUAUGGAAGGAAACCUGACCCAACAAAGACGGAUAAAAUUUCUCAAUGGCCAACACCCCUGCGCACCACAACGGAAGUACGAGCCUUCCUAGGGGUGGUCGGAUUCUGGAGAAUCUUCAUCAAAGGAUUUGCAAAGAUAGCUGAGCCUAUCCGCGCAAUGAUCAGGGAAGGGGGUACUAUGGAAUGGACUGAGGAUAGGGAAGCGGCAGCCCAGACCCUCAAAGAUAUCCUGUCUUCCGAUCAGGUUACUUUAGCGGCACCCUGCUUCAAUGACGAAGUAGGACAACCCUUCAUCUUAGAAACAGAUGGCGGACCAAUGGCAGUAGGAGGGGUAUUGAUACAGAAAAGCGAGGAGGGCAAGGAAAGACCAAUCAGAUUUGAAAGUAGGACCCUGAAUUCGGCAGAACGACGGUACUCACAGUUCAAGAAGGAGGUCUUAGCGAUCCUGUAUUGCCUUAAGACCUUCCAGGCAUACCUGUUUGGAAGGCGAUUUAUCCUAAGGAUCGAUCCCACCAACGUCGUCAGGGCUCUAAAGAAUUACAAGCCUAUAGAUCCGACCGUCGACAGAUGGAUAGGCUUCAUAUGGCAAUUCGACUAUAAGGUCAAGCGAAUUGCGGGGCUUCGAAACAGGGCAGAUGGGCUGAGUAGGGACUCGUGGGGAGCAGAAGUAGGGGCCAGAGAGGAACUGAUGGCAAUGGCCGUGGAAGGGGGACGGGACGUCGUGAUGACGUUAGCCGAAACCUGGGCGCAGAAGGAGUGUCAGUACCUAGUCAACAAGACCCGGGAGGAGCAGGAUACGGAUCAGAAGGAACAAGAGUUCUUUCUCAUACAGAUGUAUGAGGGCAUCUUUAGAGAAAUCGGUCUGCUACUUGUAGGGAACAAACAACCCAUGGAAGUCAGCUCCAAGGCAAGGGAGGAAGCUGAGAAGUACGUCUUACGAAAUGGUCACCUGUUCAAGAAAGAGGAAGGGAUGAUGCCUAGGCGUGUCGUUUGUGGGAAGUCUAGGCAGUUGGAUGUAAUUCAGGCAAUGCAUGAUGGGCUAGCUGGAGGUCACCGGUCGUCAAAGGGGACACUUGCAAAGAUCGUGCCCCUGUAUUUCUGGCCAGGAAUGGCAGGCUUGGUCGCAACGUACUCCCAGACGUGUCUGAUGUGUCAAGAGAGGAGCUCCACACGGGUUUACGAACCCCUUAGACCCACUCGGGUACUGGGACCCGGGCACCUUGUUCACCUCGAUCUUGUGGUUAUGCCCCUAUCAACGGAUGGGUUUAGAUACAUCUUGGAUGCAAGGGACAAUCUCAGUGGCUACGUAGAGGCCGUAGCUCUCAAGAGGAAGACAGGGAAAGUAGUGGCUGAUUGGGUGGAAGACUUCUACCUAAGACACCCCUUCGUGCGCAGGUUUAUAGCAGAUAAUGGGACAAAUUUCGUUAACCAGGAGGUCUUGAACAGGCUUAAGAUAUUGUGUGUACCAAUCAAGAUUAUUGAGCCCUACCAUCCUGAGGCAAAUGCACCAGUAGAAAGGGGCCACCGGACCUUGAAGAACACAAUCGCAAAGUUGGCAGCAGACGACUUGGGAAAUUGGUCGCAGUAUCUUAGGCAGGCAGUCUUUUCUGAGAACGUGACACCAAAGAGAACCACGGGGUGCAUUCCAGCGGCACUCUGGUAUGGAAGGGAGAUUGACUUUCCGGUGGAGGUCCUGGUCCCUACCUGGAACAGACUAGACGACGACCCGCACUUGACUACAGAAGAGGUAAUCACUGCAUGUUGCCAGCAGGUCGUCGAAAAUGAGGAGGCGCUGGACGAAUUAGUUGACCGUGUGAUGGAUAGUCGAAUGAGGGACAAAGCAAGAGGGGGCAAAAAGCAAGGGACCGGGGACCCGUCGCCACUGAGAGAAGGGGAGCCGAUAGUCCUCCCCUCUGAAAGCUACACCAACGGUGAGGAGGAGAGGAACCCGGGGAAAAGGCAAAGGUUGGAGGAGAAGGAGCCCAUUGAGGUCAUCGACCUCAGUAGCGAGGAGGAAGAGGAUGAGGUGACGAUACCCACAAGGGAAGAACGAGGAAGAGAGGAGGAUUCAGGGAAAGAAAAGGACAAAUGGAUAGCAGAGUUCGGACCCACCUUCAGCGAUUGGUUUGAUCAAUGGGGCGCUAUCUUACGAUACCAAUGGGCGAUGAAGGGCAGGGAAAAGCUGAGUAGGGGAGAGGACUUAUCCCCAACGACCUUCUUCUCGGAAGGGACGCUCCUUCAGUUACAGGGAAUAAAGAGACAAAUGCAGCCGGAAAUGGAGGAUCGAGCAAGAAGGGAGGCUCGAUGUGGGGCAGCGGGACAGUAAAGGGGACAGUAGGCAUAAUGGGGGCUAGCUAGAAAUUGGGGAGGGUUGGUACCUGGGCAGGUAGAACUGCCAUUUUUGAGUUGCGCAUUUGAAUUUCUUUUUGAAUGGACUGUGAUGGAACAACUGCCAAAGCUUGAAAUGGCUAAAGGACUGGGUAAUGAGUGCUACUUUAUACAAGUGGUUGCUUCUUCAGGAAAGUGCAUGAGAGUCACGACACUUAGAAUAGAACUUUGGAUGGUUGGGUCCUGCCUAAGGAAAAGGCAAGGGGAAAACAGAGGGAUCCUGCUGAGACGAGUCUGUAAUGUUGCCUUUGCAUUCAAACUUUGUCUCUUCAUUUUUUUAGAAGGACUGUGAUGUAACGACUUUGGACUGGGAAGGCUAGUAAAGAAUAGUAACCAGC